GCUGCGGGCGCGGGGGUGGGGCGGGGGCCGCCGGGCUCCUCCUCCCCGCGCCUUAACCUGCACCCGGGCGGGUGGCCGGCCCAGCCUCGCCGCCCAAGCGGCCGCCGUGGCGGCUUCUCGGCUCCCCGCCCGCGCCUCGCAGCGAGGUUCCCCCUCCUCUCAUCGCCCCCUACUCCGAGGCUAGCGGGACCGAAGGAGCGACGACCCGAGCGAGGCCGGACUGCGGGCCAGCUCAGUGUGAAUGGUGCUCCUGAGAGCCUUCUGUGAUUACGACUCACCCAUUCUUUUCCCUGAGAUACCUUCUUGAAGGACUUGCAAACAUAUAUUCAGAUAUAAGACUAAGUUAAUGGAGGCUUCAAAGAGAUUACGUUCAUCUUCCUGAAACUGAACAAGUGAACAUCACACACCAAGAUUUCAGGUUACUAAAAACUGCAAAAUCUGGAUCUUUUCCUGCCGUAGAAGCAAGGAAAAAUGGAAAAUUGAUAAUCAGAGGCUAAAUUUACUCUGGGAUCCAUUCAUUGGUUUACCACUGGAGAUCCUGCUAUUUGCUCCAGAGAAUUCCUGAUUGGAUGACAAAAACAACAAGAACAGUCUUCGCGGGACACUGGUCUGGAACCUAACCACGGGGUGUACAUGACCCCUGCGGCUGCACCCCAUCAGCAAUGAAAGGCUUAUCGGGAAGCCGUAGGCAUCACCACGGAGUCACCUGCGAUUCGGCCUGUGACUCGCUGUCUCACCACUCGGACCCGAAGCCAUACCUGCUGAGCCCAGUAGAGCACCACCCUGCCGACCACCCCUAUUACACGCAGCGCAACUCCUUCCAGGCUGAGUGCGUGGGCCCCUUCAGCGACCCGCUGGCCAGCAGCACCUUCCCGCGCAGGCACUACGCCUCGCAGCAGGAGCUGAAGGACGAGUGUGCCUUGGUGCCCCGCACCCUGGCCACCAAGCCCAAUCGCCUCCCCACCAACCUCCUGGACCAGUUUGAGAGGCAGCUGCCGCUCGGCCGCGAUGGCUACCACACGCUGCAGUACAAGCGCACGGCCCUGGAGCAGCGCAGCGACAGCCCCGGCCGCAUCCGCCACCUGGUCCACUCGGUGCAGAAGCUCUUCACCAAGUCGCACUCCCUGGAGGGGCCGUCCAAGGGCAGCAUCAAUGGCGGCAAAGGCAGCCCUGAUGAGACGCAGACGGUGCGCUACGGCAAGCGCAGCAAGAGCAAGGAGCGGCGCGCGGAGCCCAAGGCCCGGCCCAACACCUCCCCGGGCUGGUGGAGCUCCGACGACAACCUGGACAGCGACAUGUGCAUCUACCACGCCCCGUCGGGCGUGAUGACCAUGGGCAGGUGCCCCGAUCGCUCGGCGUCGCAGUACUUUAUGGAGGCCUACAACACCAUCAGCGAGCAGGCCGUGAAAGCCUCCCGGAGCAGCAACGACGUCAAGUGCUCCACGUGCGCCAACCUGCCCGUCAGCCUGGACGCGCCGCUCCUGAAGAAGAGCGCCUGGUCCUCCACCCUGACCGUGAGCCGCGCCCGCGAGGUGUACCAGAAAGCCUCAGUGAACGUCGAGCAGGCCAAGGUGAAGUCGGAAUCCUGCCAGCAAGAACGCUCCUGCCAGUAUCUCCAGGUUCCUCAAGAUGACUGGGCAGGAUAUACCCCAAGAGGAAAAGAUGAUGAAAUUCCCUGCCGAAGAAUGCGGAGUGGCAGCUAUAUCAAGGCCAUGGGAGAUGAAGACAGUGGGGACUCGGACACAAGUCCCAAGCCUUCUCCCAAAGUCGCUGCACGAAGAGAAAGCUAUCUCAAAGCUACUCAGCCAUCCCUUACAGAACUCACCACACUCAAAAUUUCCAAUGAACACUCCCCCAAACUCCAGAUCCGGAGUCACAGUUACCUGAGGGCAGUCAGUGAAGUCUCCAUCAACCGAAGCCUGGAUAGCCUUGAUCCUGCUGGACUGCUUACGUCACCAAAGUUCCGCUCCAGGAAUGAAAGCUACAUGCGAGCCAUGAGUACUAUCAGCCAGGUGAGCGAGAUGGAAGUGAACGGGCAGUUCGAGUCUGUGUGCGAAUCGGUGUUCAGCGAGCUGGAGUCACAGGCCGUGGAAGCCCUGGACCUGCCCAUGCCCGGCUGCUUCCGCAUGCGGAGCCACAGCUACGUGCGGGCCAUCGAGAAGGGCUGCUCCCAGGACGACGAGUGCGUGUCCCUGAGGUCCUCCUCCCCACCGCGCACCACCACCACCGUGAGGACCAUCCAGAGCAGCACCGGUGUCAUAAAACUGAGUUCUGCAGUGGAAGUGUCAUCUUGCAUUACAACAUAUAAGAAGACACCACCUCCAGUCCCACCCAGAACUACCACGAAACCUUUCAUUUCUAUCACAGCCCAGAGCAGCACAGAGUCCGCCCAGGAUGCCUACAUGGACGGACAAGGCCAGCGAGGAGAUAUUAUCAGCCAGUCCGGACUGAGCAACUCCACGGAGAGCCUGGACAGUAUGAAGGCUCUGACCGCCGCCAUCGAAGCUGCAAACGCCCAGAUCCACGGCCCUGCCAGUCAACACAUGGGCAACAACCCUGCCACUGUCACCACUACGACCACCAUAGCCACCGUCACUACCGAGGACAAGAAGAAGGAUCACUUUAAGAAGAACCGAUGCCUGUCUAUCGGGAUACAGGUGGAUGAUGCUGAAGAACCUGACAAAAUCGGGGAAAAUAAAGCACCCAGUAAGUUCCAGUCCGUAGGAGUGCAAGUAGAAGAAGAAAAAUGCUUCCGUAGGUUCACUCGCUCCAACAGCGUGACAACAGCAGUCCAGGCUGACCUGGACUUCCACGAUAACCUGGAGAACUCUCUGGAGUCUCUAGAGGACAGUUCGUGCCCUGGCCCCAUGGCCAGACAGUUCUCCCGGGACGCCAGCACCUCCACCGUCAGCAUUCAGGGCUCGGGGAAUCAUUACCACGCCUGCGCCGCCGACGAUGACUUCGAUGCCGAUUUCGACCCGUCGAUUCUGCCACCCCCCGACCCCUGGAUCGACUCCAUCACCGAAGACCCCCUGGAGGCCGUGCAGAGGUCGGUGUGCCACCGGGAUGGCCACUGGUUCCUGAAGCUUCUCCAGGCAGAGCGGGACCGCAUGGAAGGCUGGUGCCGGCAGAUGGAGCGGGAAGAGCGGGAGAACAACCUGCCUGAUGACAUUCUAGGGAAAAUUCGAACUGCUGUGGGCAGUGCCCAACUUCUCAUGGCCCAGAAAUUCUACCAGUUUAGAGAACUGUGUGAAGAAAACCUGAAUCCCAAUGCUCAUCCGAGGCCCACCUCCCAGGAUUUGGCGGGGUUCUGGGACAUGCUGCAGUUGUCCAUAGAAAAUAUUAGUAUGAAAUUUGAUGAACUUCAUCAAUUAAAGGCCAAUAAUUGGAAACAGAUGGAUCCUCUUGACAAGAAGGAGAGAAGGGCCCCUCCUCCCGUGCCCAAGAAGCCGCCGAAGGGCCCCGCGCCGCUGAUCCGGGAGCGCUCGCUGGAGAGCUCGCAGCGCCAGGAGGCCCGCAAGCGCCUGAUGGCCGCCAAGCGCGCCGCGUCCGUCCGCCAGAACUCGGCCACCGAGAGCGCCGAGAGCAUCGAGAUCUACAUCCCCGAGGCGCAGACCCGGCUCUGAGCCCCGCCGGGGCCUCCCGCGGGAGCCGCCCCGCCCCGCGCCCGACGCUCGGCCCGUGUCCUCCACCGAGCUUCGCCCCCACGCCACCUGCCCCUGUAGAAACGGCCCCUGUAGGUCACCCAGCAUCCUCAGUUCUCCAGCUAGUCCGUUCCUAGAGCUCAGCAAUAUACAACCGUAGGAGAUUGCAGAAAUCCAGCAUCACAGGGUGAUCCUUGGGCGAAUCCUCCGUCCUCCUCCCCGAAAGGAACCAGGGCUCCCAUCCCUCUAGUCCCCCCUAAGUGGCUGUUACUUUCUACCGCAGAGGGAGCACUUUAUUUCCAAGCUCAGAAAUCACGCCAUCUCACUGGAAUCCAAGAGUGACACACCAAGAGAGGGGAAACGAGGGGUGAGGGUGGGGAGGAGGGCGGGGGAGGGGCGAUCGUGGCCGUGGAGCGGGGGAAGGGAGACGCGAACCCCUGCAGGUGCGGGAGGGGAGGGCGGGGCACCUGUCCCACUCAGCUGCACAAACUGCCUCACUGUCAUUUCUCGUCACUGCUUCAAAUGUUUCAAUCAGCAGAAGAUUGUAAAUUCGAUCUUUCAGGGAAAUUAAUCUAUUCUGAAAGGCAAUAACAUGAGGAAAGGCAAGGCAAGGCGAAGGAAGCGCUGAUAGUUUAAGAAACUGCAUAAAGUGUUUUUUAUUUUCCCUCCUGUCCUAUUAAGACUAUUUAGACCUGAAAUGCUUUAUCAACUUUUAUUGUAUUAUGUAUAUUCUACUGUUGUGGUGGUGGGGGGUUCUUUAAAGGGGAAAGUGUUGGUUCUAUUAAUUUGUUAGUCCAUCUGGGGUGGGGGUGGGGACCUACCUAAUUACACACAUAUUAGUACACAUCUGCUUGGGAGCGCUUUAAAGGGCAGCCAGGUUGUUUUCAAAGAAAAGAUUCGGUUCUCCUGUCAUCCUUUAGAAGGCUGUACAUCUAUUUUAACCUAGUAGUUCAUGUUGCAGGCGUGCGGACGUAUUUUCUCCUUUAUUCUCACUCCAACAGAGUUCUAGCAUACCCCAGCAUAAGGAUUUUGUCCCACGCCAAACAGAGCAAAUUCUCGACCCUAUAGAUAAUGCUGCCUCAUUCCAAAGAGCUGCAACCAUCUUUUGAGGUCUGGGAUAGUGAGAAAAGACAUUUGACUCUUAAGGUUCAGCAACCAUCACAAUGGGCAAAGGGCUGAUUUCUAAACAGGAAAAGAAACCCAGGCUUUUGGCAAUGGCAUGAUCUAUGUUUUUGGUGGUGACGGACAAGCGGUGUGCACUUUGCGUCUGACUGAAGCCAGUGCCCUGACUUGUAGCAGUUCAAACAUUUAGAAUGUGGUGAUCUUGAAGUAUCACUGGCAUUUCAUCCAGCUCCCACAUUAAAAGCAUUAGAACUCAAUAUUGAAAAAUGAAAGGCUUUUAAAAACAUACAUCAAAUAUGCUUGCAUCCAAGCAGCUUUUUCUAAAAAAAGAAAUACAAAAAACAUUCUCAUAGCCAGGUGCUAAUUUGAUUUUAUUUCUGAAACUAAGAGACGUGUUGGGCUCUGGCAACAACUAUUUUCAUGGACAUAUUCUAAAACCACUAGAGAAUUCGCUACCUCUCAGAGCCAUUGAUGCUUUGAGCUAUAUUUAUAAACAGGGCACAAAUGUUUACUGCUGUGAUUUAUGAGAAAAGGGCUACUAAUUUAUUUCAAAACAAACCAACCAAUUUUUUAACUAGAAUGAGCAAAGCCCUUUGUGUGCUUUGUGAAUUUGGAGUGUACAAAGAUUCUGAGCCUCAAAGUCUGCUGGCUUUAAAAAGAACACCCCUGUUCUUUACUUUGUAGCAGCGAUGGAAAGUCACACAAAGUUUGCAUUGAGUAAAGCCAACUGCCGCCUUGGGUAGCCCAUGGUCACAGUCAAUACUGAAAGCGACUUGGAAUUAACAGGUUAGCAUGAAAGAAGUAGCAUCAAUCUGAGGAUCCAUGUUCCCAACUACCGCUCUAUGCCCUGAGGUAGAGAUAAGAUUGGAAGAAAUAGAUUUUUAAUGAAAUUCAAGAUUGUCCUAGAAUAUUUUCUUUGGAAAUUGGUUUAGCCCAAGAUAUUUUAAAGAGAGACAAGACCUGUUGAUCUUGUCUGUAUGAAUGGUCUUUAUAUAUUCAUAAGCUAUUUUUGGUAAGAAUUUUAAAUCUUUAAGCUAAAUGCCUAUAGGCAUUAUGACCUUUGCCUUCCUUAAACAAAUUUAAAUUGUACAAAUACUUUAUAAAAAUAAAAAAUGAAUUAUUGAUGCUAAAAUAUGACCCCACAUAGAGCUGCUUGUCAAUCACUCUGACACUGACAUCCAUCAGCAUAACAUAACCUUUGUUACAUUGUUCUUUUUGAUGUGAUUUGUAGAAAUGUUUUUUAGUUCAUAAUGGAAAAAAAAGUAUGUACCCUGAAAAUUACUUAUUUUGUUUAACUUUGGUAUAAAGGUGUUCGGGCAUUUUCUCGGGGAGGGGGUUUACAAAAGAAGUUUGUCUCCCACAUCAAGAUAAUGUUCAAAGAAAUUAAGUAUUUAUUAUAUUUUUUGCAGAUGUUUCCAUACAAUUCACAUAACCUUUUUGUAAAGAGAGAUGAAGAAAUGGAUUAAAGAUUUUUAAUAUUUGAAAUGGUAAAUAGAACUAAUUUAUUUGUAAUAUAUUUCUGUUAUUUAUAGAUGUUUCCUUAAUGUUUUACUGUGCAUUACCACUUUAAUUUAAGCCUUACCCUUGUGAAUUUACCAUUUCUUUUUUUAAAACAUGUCUAGAUGCAUAUUUUAAAUAAAUGGAAUGUAAAUCACUAGCAUAUCUGAAUUCCCAAGUGUAAUUUUUAAAAAAUUAUUUUGGUUUGAAAAAAAAAGAUUCAUUUGAAAGCCAUCAGAUGGAGGGGUGGGGAACAUUUUUAUGGCUUUAUGAAUUGGAAUUUCAUAGGCUUAUUUACCAAGAUUGUGUGUGGAAAAUAUUGUAAAUAGAUGAAUGUUUCCCAUAAUGUAAAAAGAAGAAAUUAAUAAAAUAAUUAAUGCACUGCUUUCA